GAGUAUGAUGCCCAAGGCCUUGGAUGGCCAGGUCGUCGUGGAGAAGACACCGCGUUAUUUUGUUACCGUGGAGACCCCGGGACGUGUACACUCCAUGUCGCGUGACGUGAAGCUGAUUGUGGUGGUCCGAGACCCUGUGACCCGGGCCGUCUCUGACUACACCCAGAUCAUCUCCAAGACCCCCCACAUCCCCACCUUCGAGACACUCGCCUUCAAGAACCGCACCAAUGGUCAGAAUUAUAGUGAUGCAUUUUUAUUUGUAUAGGCCUAUGAAUAAAGGAAUGAAUUAAUGGAUGGUUGGAUGGAUGAAUGCAUGAAUGAAUGAAUUAAUUCAUUGAUGAAUGAAUGACACAAAAACAUAGUUUUUCCCUAAUCAAAUGCAGUACCCACACAAAGACUCUAUUCUUCAGUCCUGUCUUCAGUCCUCCAUUCUAAGUCUAAAACCAGUAACUGUAUCUUGUCUUGGUCCCAGGUGAGAUAGACUCUCUGUGGAGCCCUCUGUGGAUUGGACUGUACGCCCAGCACCUGGAGCGCUGGCUGGCCUGGUUCCCCCGAGCCCAGAUCCAUCUGGUCAGUGGGGAGGGCCUCAUCUCCGACCCAGCUGGAGAACUAGGAAAGGUCCAGGACUUUCUGGGCCUACAGAGGAUUGUGACGGACAAGCACUUCUACUUCAAUAAGACUAAAGGUUUCCCCUGCCUGAAGAAACCGGAGGGCAGCAGCAAGCCCCACUGCCUGGGAAAGACUAAAGGCCGGACACACAUCUCCAUUGACCCGGAAGUGAUCCGGAGACUGAGGGAGUUCUACAGGCCGCACAACCAGCGGUUCUACCAGAUGACUGGCCAGAACUUUGGAUGGCAA